AUGCUACAAGCUAUAACAUAUUUGACAUCUGUUAGUUUUCGACUUUUCCUUUACCGACCCCCACCGACACACUUUAUAUCACUGAGUAAACAGAAGAUUACAAAUAAUGAAGAGACCUGAUUCAUAGCUUCAGUGAAAAUGGUGAUGGAUUUGCAGUGGUUCAACUUUGCUCCAAAUGGCCAGGUCCAAACCUUCGUAGAUUCCUUCAUCAAUCGAACACUUCUUUUCCAUUUUUGGGACGGGGAUAUUGGGGAAACAAUUAUUCUUAUGUUACUGAAGGGAUGCAAAUUAGUUUGGACUGUGCAGCACGAAAUAUUGUUACUGAGGCAUUGUAACUCAAAUUCAGCCGUUUCUAGAAAAUAUGUUUUGAGUUUUUUUAACUCAAGAGGAGCAGCCAACUUGAACUUCUGUACCAAGUGUUUUGAGGAUCGUCUUGUGGAGGAACAAGCUGCCAUAGCAAAAGCAAAAAUGGAGGACUCUUUCAAUUCAAAGUCAACAAAGUAA